AUGUUUGGAAUAACGCUUGUUGUUCAGACGUAUUUUAUUAUUUUAACAAGUGGCUUGUUAAUGGCGAGGAUAAAUCCAUUAACAAAGCGCUGGAUGUGUUAUGGAAAGACAUUGGAUGAGCCAGACUCAUGGGGUUUCUAUAAACGUUCUAUAUUUGGCUAUACUGUACCAAAAAAAUGGUUUAUACAUUUUUAUGUUGUUUCAACUAUAUCUAAUUGUUUUUGGAUUAUUCAAAUAUGUAGAUGUCGUUUUUAUGGAGAAUGUGGUUUGAUUACUUAUUUUUCACAAGACAGGAUGCAAUCUCUAUUUAAAGUGUAUGUAUGUGUACUAUUUAUGAGUAUUCAUGGAGUAAGACGUCUUUAUGAGUCUUUUUUUAUUCAGAAACAUAGCGAUGCUCGAAUGUGGAUAGGGCACUAUUUCUUAGGGAUGACGUACUAUAUAUUCUGUAGUCUAGGCAUGUGGUGUGAAGGGGGUGGAAAUUUGCAAAAUCCAGAGCAAGUGUUUAUUGAACUAAAAUGCGUUUCAGGGAUUAUUACUGUUUUGUUUUCUGUAUUAGUCUAUGUUUUUUUUUCUUGGGCUCAACAUUCAACACAUAUUGGUCUUUCUAAACUUCGUUCUGAUCCUAAUAUGCCUAAAUAUUCUCUUCCUACAACUGGUUUAUUUAAGUAUCUUGUAUGUCCUCAUUAUACAUCGGAAAUAGGUAUUUAUUUUAGCCUUAUAUUGGCAACACAUGCUCAAAAUAAAACAAUAUUUAUUAUUUUUAUAUGGGUUCUUGCUAUUCUAACAAUAUCUGCAUCUGAAACGUAUCGUUGGUAUUUAAGGACGUUUCGAAUUGAUGCUUCUUACCUUCCUUGGAUUAUUUUUCCAGGCAUAUAUUAA